AUGAUUUUCAUGACCACACACACAGGCAUAUCCAGUACAGAGUACUGGUUCUUAUUGUCAAAAUAUUUACGCAUCACAUCUUCUUUUUUAAUUACAAGGCUUCUGGUUCAUAGCACUGAAUAUACACUCCCAAUAUCAGUGUUUUUUAUGCCAUGUGUAGAUUUCUUUUUUAAAGAUACCCGAAGUUCCAGAACAAAAAUGAGCUAUUGGAGAAAAAUCGGAAAUGAUAUAGUAUUAAGACUAGAGGCACUAAUAGCCGUUCACAAAUACAAUAUGAAUAUGUACCCUAGACUCAGAGCGAACAGUCAAAUACCCCAAAAGUAUAUAUACUUUUACUACGUCGAUUUUUUCGGUGUCAAUGGUGCUCUGUCUAUCCGUAAGCAGCAUCAAGAAACUUACCAGGAAGUAUACAUGGCAAUCACAGAGCUCCGAUCGCUGAAGACCGCCGAUUUACUAAGCUUUAUUUCUGGGCGUAAACAAAGAUGA